GCAGGUAGGCUGCCAAGCAGGCGUGACUGGCGCUAUAAAGAAGACUGACCUUGGCCUUCAAAGCUAUUUGUUGCUGCAAUAUCGAAGGAAACUUCUUUAAAAGAAUCUUUCUUGAUCUGAAGAUAAAUUAAUAUCUAGAAUUGGAUUUUGAUGAGCAGAAAAAUGGGCUACACUCAAGCAGUAUUUCUCUUGGUGCUUUCUACAGCAUUACUGGCAUGUGCAACCGAAAAGCCUACCCAUUCACUGAACGAAACGGCUUUAUCCAAAGAAACUCUUUCACAUCGCAAAGAACGUCUGAAUGUAUUGAGCAAUAUUGGCAGUGGUUUGUUAGGAGCUUUCAGCGGAGGUAGCCAGUCUAGCGGAGGUUCAUCCAGUGCUCCAGGAGGAACUAGUCCUGCUUUGGGCAUUCAGCAAGGGCUCAAGGGUAUUCAAACUCUUCAAAAAUUUGUGUCUCGAUUUCAAAGCGUUAUGAAAGUACCAUUUUCGUUUCGAGGAGUCUCUGACACGAUGGCUUCGUUGACUGGCCUACUCGCUGCUGUUGGAGGGGGUUAUCUUACAUAUGUGACCAUGGUUGCUCUCUUUGGAAGCAUGAUGGAUCCCCAUAACACUGCCUACCAACAUGCGUUUUCAGCUCCUCCUCAUCAAUAUGCCCCACCUCAGCACCUUAAUGUUAACGGACCUGUUGGUGCUGCUGCUGGUGGUUAUAAUCGACGACAGUCUUCCGACAGCAGCAAUUUCUAUUUCGGUUCUUACGACGUUGGAAAGAUGUUUAAUUCUAUAACAAGUUUUAACUAUCCAGAAGCAUCUUUUAAGCUUCUCAGGAUUAAAGACGAAGCUUGCAAACAAAGAGCUGUGUGCGAGUUCGAAAAGUUCUUAGCCAAGAAAGGAAUAGCUUCUGUCAUUCUAAAAGGCGUGAGCAAAAAGAUAACUGGGAUGGAAAAAUACCUAGAUGCAGCCUAUCGCGGCUUGGCAAAUGAAGAUUGCAGCUACGCCUUUUCUUCGUGCCCCUUCACGCUGGGACAAACAUUACUCAGAUCAAUCGGGUUGAGUUAGAGUUCAAAAGGAUGCUCUUAACCAUAACUGUCAACUGUUUUAACAUUGUGGCUUUUCAGUCGCCAAUGAACUGUGAUCACCAGACUUUAUUUCUAAAGUUAUCAUGAAGGAAACAAGGCUUAUUCUUGUUUCUAAGAAUCAACCAACAUUUAAAUGCGUCUGUCUAAGUGCACUUUACCAGCGUUGCAUUUAUGUUUGAUAUCAUCGCUGAGCAUAACCAUUUCUUAAACAACAAAGGAGGGUUGCAUGUUUUUUAUACACAUUUUCGUAUAUUUAAAUUCAGGAAACAUUCAAUGUUUACUCUAAGAACUUUUUUACAGUCCGUUUGGGAAGAUUCUGUACCUCAUAAAAACUUAAACGUUAACGUAAUCCAUUGAAGUCUUUUGGAUCGUUGUUCAGAUCAUCCCUAUGUGCUUAUGCUUCUUUCUUCUGUAUUGGAUUAUUAUUUAAUUUAGGUAAAGCAUAUGAGGGCUGUUUGCCUAAGAGUCAUGCCAAUUUCAUUCAAGGGCAGCGGGAUAAGGAAUCUGAGGGUCUGGUACACUUUUAUCCCUAUUAGCGAUAUCUCGAGAGAACUUGCGGCUCCACAGACGACUGUGCCACAAAGACACUCAAUUCAUACCUUUCUCAGCAUUCCAAUCCAGAUUAAUUGGCAUGGUAAAUUCCGUUAUCCUGUGCCACCAUACUGUCUGAGGUGGCACUCCUCGACUUGGACAUACAUGUUCAUACACCUUCAAGUCUUUUUGACUUUCAAAUGUAAUCGAGGCAAAGGAGUCUACAAACUAGUGUUUAAACAUUACAGAGUCAAACACCUAGAAACCAUACUUUGAUAAUUACGUCAUAUGCCGCAUUGCCACAUUAGACAGCUUAAUUUCUUUUAUUACAUUUAUACAUUUACACAUUUUUAUUACAUUCAAUUUACAUACAUUCCUCCUUUGAAUACAGAAGUUUCCUGAACGCACUGUACAAUAUUUGUCAUAUCACUUUUUUUAUUUUCACAUCACCACAAUGAUCUUCUUUUGUGUAAAAUUACUAUGACUAGAUAUUUGUGAUGAUGUGAAAACUCACAGAAUUUUAAAUUUUAUCUGUGGUUUUACUGGUAUGUCAUUUUCUAACAAAGAAUCAAUGUAUUUUUCUAGUUAAAAUUACACAUAUGUAAGUUAUUGAAAAAGAUUCAAAUAUUAGUGCCAUUUAUAGUUUAUAUUUCAAGUAAUUAAUUAAAUUAUUAAUUUAUUUAAAUAAUUUAUAUGAAAAAUUAUCAGUAAAUAAUUAUUUUUCUUCUUGUGUUAUAGAACAAUGGCGUCAUAGCAUUUCGUAAUGGUAAAUCGCUUGCACCAUCACUAUUCUAUUUUCAUCCAAAUAAGACUUUUGUUCGAAGAAAUUUCGCAUUUGUUGUGUCAAUUGAAGGGUAAUAUUCAUUAAACAAGGCUAAAAUUUGUGAUAUUCAUUCAGAGCAAACAAAUGCUAUAUUUCAACAAGCAAAAGUGCUUAAUUCUAUUUAUAGAUUGUUUAAUUACUGUUGUAUUUUUUUGUUAUCUGUGCUAGCUAGAUCAUAGGAUCGCCUUAUGAUAGGAACCAUGUAUUUUAUCACAGUGACUAUUUUGUAAUAACUUUUCCUAGAAACUUUGUAUUUAAAGACAUAUUUCUGCAUUACAUUUACAUUAUAUAUGUAGCUGGAAUUUCAAUUUUAAGUUAUUUUUUAAUUUGUUACAUUUAAUUAGUGUAAUCAGGAAUCCUAAAAAGAGGAGAAGAUGUUUUCUUUUUUAACUAAUUAUCACCAUGCUUAAUUUAUAUUUAUUACUUAAUUAUCAUGCUUUUACAGAACUGCUCAUAUUACUACCUUCAGAAGUGUGUUCCACAUUUUUCCUGAUAUUACUUCCUAGGCUAAUUAAUUAAUAAUAAUUUCCUUUAUUGAAUAAUAAUUUUAAAGAUUGUUUUGUUAGCAUCAAAAUGAAUUUAUUUUUAAAGAUUGCCAUUUCUUUUAUCUUAAAGCAAUAAAAGUUCUGUGUGAAGUGAAUGGCAAUACUUCAAAAAGGCAAUAAAAUGUAUUAUUAAAUCUUUAAAACGGACUUCAGUGAAGGAGAGUUAAUUAAGAUCGAAAAGCUGUAUUGAAUAUGUCAAUUAAAUAUGUGUUUUCAAUUUCUUCCUGUAGUUGCCUUAGUUAUAGUUUGCCAUAGAUAGAGAAAUAAAUUACUGAUAAAUGGUUAAUUAAAAUUAUAUUGUGUAGUAAUUAUGAGCAGUCCAAAAAUUCAUUUUAGUAAUAAUUAUUUUACAGUUCAUAAAUGUUUUCAGGAGCUGUUGAAUAUAAUGCUUAUUUUGAAUAUCUAGAGAAUAAAUCAUUUCAAAUUUUG